CCGCAAAGGUUUCCGCUGCGUGUCAUUUUAACCUAACUUGACUCAGUGAAAAGUAGCGAAGGAGUCAAAGUUUGCGGUCUGUAGUUAUACUUUGCAUCCAUACAGUAACCUCAAAAUGGAUCCUUUGAGCUUCAGGGACUGUGCGGCUUGGAGGGCUGAGGGUCUUCCAUUCUCCACCAGCAGUAAUGAGGCGUGCAAACUUUAUGAUGCUAUUCUCACUCAGUAUGUGAAAUGGCGCAACAUUGACAGUAUCGGAGGAAUUGAGGGAUGCAUUACUCGUAUCAAGGAGGCUGAUCCGGAUUUUGUGAUGGGCCAUGUGAUGAGCACGGGCUUAGAGUUGCUGGGAACAGCGACCACCCCCCGCCUGAACCAACGUCUGGCCAGCGCUGUGAAGAAAACGGUGGAGCUGGCCGGCAGUCAAAACCUCACCCCGAGAGAGAAGCUCCACGUCAAGGGCUUGGAGUUGUUGUCACAUGGGAAUUUACCCAGAGCCAGUGAUGUUUGGGAAGACAUCCUGGUUGAUCAUCCCACAGACUUACUCGCCCUCAAGUUUGCCCAUGAUAGCUAUUUCUAUAUGGGAGCUCAAACCCAGAUAAGGGAUUCGGUUGCUCGAGUACUGCCCCAUUGGAAGCCUCAUACCCCUUUGUCCAGCUAUCUGAAAGGAUUGUAUUCUUUUGGUCUGCUGGAGACGCACUUCUAUGACCAGGCUGAGAAAGUAGGGAUGGAGGCCCUUGCACUGGUUCCUGAUGACGCAUGGUCCGUCCACUCUGUCGCCCAUGUCUAUGAGAUGACAGCGGAGGUGGACAAAGGCUUGAAGUUCAUGGAAGCGAGGGAGAAAGACUGGCAGGUAUCCGAUAUGCUAGCCACUCACAACUACUGGCACUGGGCGCUGUACUUCAUUGAGAAGGGACAAUAUGAGGCUGCACUGCAAAUAUUCGAUUCUCAGGUAAUCAAACAUUGUAAAACCAAGGGAUCCAUGUUGGACCUGGUCGACGCCAGCUCCCUCCUCAGCAGACUGGAGAUGGAGGGUGUGUUUGUGAAAGACCGCUACCGGGACCUGCUGCAGGUAGCGCUGCCUCACACCGAUGACCACGUGACUCUAUUUAAUGACCUCCACAUCCUCAUGGUGUCCCUGGGAGCGAAAGAGACUGGCGCUUCGAAGCGUCUGCUGGAAGGCCUCCAGGAAUUGGCUAAGACACCGGGUGACAACUACCAUCAUAAGCUGGCUGAACCCAUCGGGGUCCCCAUGUGUCAAGCUUUGAUGGAAUAUGAUGAAGGAAACUACGAUCAAACUGUGGAGUUGCUUUACCCUUUGCGCUACAGUGUCGUGCAGAUAGGGGGCAGUGAUGCACAGAGAGAUGUCUUCAAUCAACUGCUUAUUCAUGCGGCCUUGAAAUCGGAGAAUAAGCGCCACCAGAGACUUGGCAGAUGUCUACUGGUGGAGCGUGAAGCAACAAAGCCAAACUCCCCUCUGACUGAUCGUCUGAUGCAGAGAGCCGUGGCCCUUCACCACUAGACUGAUUGCAAGAAGCACACAGCCCCACGUAAUCUGAUGUUCCCAUGUCUGAUUUCAGGACUGACUUGUUUUUUUUUUUUAAAAACACAUUUUACCAUGUGAAUGAAAAGUGUGCACAUUUUGCAAAUGUGUUCACCCUAAAACCUAAACGAUAUCAUUGAUGGAUGUCUGCAUUUGCUUAAUCAGACACAGCUAGUCAUCAUAAAUUCAUGGUUUCAUUAAAAUGAAUUUU